AUGUCGUUUCCUCCACAAAAUCUUCAAAAUAUCCAAGGUUUUGGAAAUUCUAUGAAUCAUCUGAAUUAUGCCCCUCGAGGUCCAUAUCAACCGCUUCCAGCUGAAUAUUGGCAAAACAUGAGCCAUCCAUAUUUCAUGCCGUCGGUUGUUCAUGGAUAUGGUACCCCACACACAACUGGUAUGUCUUUCACUCCUUCGAUGUCGAAUGAACUUGCAACUCCGACUUUUGUCCCGGAGACUCAACUUUCCGACCGUGAAUCCCCAAUUGAGGUGGUCAAUUUAGAAAAGACGGUUUCAAAUGCUGAGAGUACAAGAAAGCGUUCAAGUUGGACAAAGGUUGAAGAUGAGGUCUUAGCGAGAAGUUUUGUCACUAUCAGUGAUGAUCCAAUAAUCAGCAAUGAUCAAAAGGUGGAUGCUUUUUGGGGACGGGUUGCAAGCUACUACAAUGAGAAUCUUCCCCUAGGUUCAAACACCAGAAGUGCAAAUGUUAUACGGUCACAUUGGCACAAUACAAUCCAAAAGAAGGUAUAUCGAUUCAACGUAAAUUACAAUAGUAUUUAUAGUUCAUAUCAAAGUGGUCACGGUGAUGAUGAUAUAUUGAGGUUUAAGUACGAAAAAUAUCUAUCCAAAAACAAUGGUGUUGCAUUCAAUCUCGAACAUGUGUGGAGAAUUGUCAAAGACCGUCCAAUGUUUACUCCACAGUCCGCUGAUCACUUUGUGACCACAAAGAAGACGAGGACCUCAGAGUCGGGAGCAAGCAACACCUCCUCCAACCAAGAUGUGAGUAUAGACCUGGAUUAUGAAGAUACUCGUCCAAUGGGGCAAAAAACAGCAAAAAGAAAGGGAAAAGACAAAGUAAAAUCGACCAUGGAGGAUCUGACAGUAAACUACAACAAUAUUAUCACAAAGUUCACUGAGUACACAAGCGUGAAGAAGUCUGAAGUCGAUUUGAAACAAAAACAACUCGAAGUAGAGGAGAUUAAGGCAAAAGCUGCAUUUCCAAAUCUGAAGCUAAGAAUCGUCGCUUGA